AUGAAUUACAAGACUCUUUAUUCCACUUUGACAUAUGAUGAAGAUGUUACAACAAGUUGGCUUAGGAGCAAGCAUCUAAUAGCAAACUACAUGGAUUGCAAGAAAUGUGGAUCAUCUUGCAGAUUAGUCACAAAGAAGGAUACAAAAGUAUGGAGAUGUCCUUUAAAAGGCUGCCAAUCAGUUAUAUCAAUAAGGAAUGAAUCUUUUUUUUCUGGAAGUCAUCUGAAGUUAAAUGAAAUUGUUGAUCUGAUUUACUGGUGGUCAUGCAAGAGCACAGUUCAUGCAACAAUGCAUGAAACGGGUCAUUCUGAGCACACCAUUGUUGAUUGGUUUAACUUUCUUAGAGAUAUUUGUGCAGAUUACUUUUUGAGUAAUCCUACAGUCAUAGGUGGACCAGGAUCAGUAAUUGAAAUUGACAAAUCAAAAUUCGGUAAAAGAAAGUACAACAGAGGGAGAUAUGUCGAUGGCCAUUGGGUAUUUGGUGGUAUUGAACGGGGAACUAGUAAUUGCUUUAUGGUAGCAGUAGCAGAUAGAUCAGCAGCAACAUUACUACCAAUUAUUUAUAAGUAUGUAAGGCCAGGCUCUACAAUCAUUAGUGAUCAAUGGCGUGCAUAUUCUUCACUUUCAUCUGUAAGUAGUGGAUUCACACAUUUAACUGUUAACCAUUCACUUAAUUUUAUCGAUCCUUUCUCCGGAGCUCAUACACAAACAAUAGAAGGUACAUGGUCACAAGUGAAGCGAAUGAUGAGAGGUAUAGGAGUUAUGAACACCUCCAAUGAUUUAUUUCAAACUUACUUGCAAGAGUUUCUAUGGAGGAAGAAGUUCUCUGGACAGGAUCCUUUUAACACAAUAAUAGAACAUAUCAAAGAACAAUAUCCUCUUUAA